CUUCUAACACUCUUCAGUCGUAUUUCGAUCGCGAAUAGUGGAUGUUUGCUAGCUGAAACCCGGGUCUAUCGACGUUAUUCUUUGUGUCUCGUGCAACGUAGUGCAUGGUGUUAUAUUUGUGUAUUUUUACCAGUGGACCUCUGGUGUCGCUGUUUGCGGUGAUAAGAGCCGGUUGUUGUGUUGUUUCUUCGGAGGAGCUGUUGAAUGGACGGAAGAUUGUGCUCACGGCGACUGAUCGCGGUGGCUACGCAAGAUCUUAACUUUUAUUGUGCAACGAAGAAACAGGUGACUUCAAUUUGCUGUUGGUUUUAUCUUGUGGAGUUUUGAGGUGAUCUUGUUGAAAAGAAAGCAGUGGCGUCAACUAUUGAAUGAAGGUUGAAACUUAUUGUUAAGAAGAGGUUGGUUUGUGUUUUACUCUUGAUGGCAGUUCAUAACUGAUCAUCUGUAUGAUGUUUGAUGUGCAUUAGCUCGAGUGUCACAGUUCUCUGCAGUCAGUGAUUGUCGAUGCUGGUUGAGUAUUUUUCGGUGGCGUUUCGAAAGGCAUACCUGGCUGUGGUGAGACAUUUCACCAAUUAGGAUUCAAUUGAGCAAGCCGCGAGCAGUGUGUAUGUAAUAAAAGUUUUUGCAACACUCCUCAGAGCCAAACAGCAGCAGACGUGUAAAUCGUACUAAUUUGGUUAUUGUUUGUGUUCAGCCGUUGGGGUAGCCGAGUCCGUCGAGUGAUGUGAGGUGUCCCCGUCCCAGCUGUGAAUAUAGUUUGGAAUUGAGCCGAAGGCACUUCCAUGACAAAUACAAAUUUUUUGAGGCGAAUUGAAAUUGGUGUGCGGUGGUGACCUAUAUUGUGUGACGACAGAAGACGGCCAGUGUUUUAAAAUAAGAUAGAAGAAGCGACGACUCGCCUAAAAGGAGCAAAACGAGGAAAAAAUCAUACCCGGAGAGGAAGAAAACGAAAAUAAAUUUUAAAAUUCAAAAAGUGGUCAUUGGUGCUCGUGGAAUAACAAUAACAAACAACAACAGCAAAAGCGGCGGUUACUGUGGCGAAGAUUGACCGCAGAGACAAAAAGGCGGAGAAAAGCGUUGGAUCUUAGGGGCUGGUAAAAUAGGCGGCAGACAAAAAGGAAGUGCGCCAUACACCCCACCUUCUACGGACCGGGACGGGUCGUCGUCGGCGGCGAGAACUGCUAUAUCAUCCCUUUGGGUCGUCUUCUUGCGGCGGUGCGGAAUCUGCGGUGCAGUAGUGCAUCAACGGUUCUCAAGAUCGGAUCGAAGUUGCUCGUAACGCAGCGAAGGUUCUACGCAAGUCAUCCGGUUACCCAGCCAGAGCUUUCCGCAAAAAGAACUGUCCCGUGUGAACGCCGGACCCAGGACGGAAAUUUCUUUGGCGGACCAACCACGCUUGAAGAGUGAGAUUACGUUUGCGCAAACGUGCCGGUCACUUUCGAUUUUAUCCACCCGACGAAAGGUUACCACCCAGAUCGUGACAGUGAAAGAGGAAGAAAUUGUUGGUGGGACUUGGCGGUUGGCCUGUGGCGGUGCGGUGUGCGAUCAACGUCCAAGAGCCCAAGCCCCAGUGAAAGAGAGAGUGGAAUCAAUUUAAUGAGUGAAGCCACAGUGGGAGAAAGCAAAAGUGUCUAACCUUGAAAAUGAUAUCUGGCGACCUGACAGUGCCCGCGCGGAGUAGGAUACGGCACUGUUGAAGACGGUGGAGUGGGGGAGAGGUUCAAGUCCUAAGGGAAGAGGCUGUAUGUUCAGAAACAGCGGCAUCCCGCAGUGAGAGAAACGAGCGAAAAUUACAACACGACUAAGAAAAGUGACAUGAUUGUUGAGCAAUCCGUGCGAAAGCAUUCAUUUAUUGUGUGGUAAGCGGAAGCGUUCCAAAUUUGAGCAGCAUUGCGCCGAAGAAGUGUUGUUAACCGAAGGUACUUGCCUCUCGUGAACGAUCUGCUGCCCUAUGCGAAACCUGUGCGGCUGUGGGUCUGAGGAAGAUUGAUAAAUACCAUGUGAUUAGUGCGGUUACUGAACGGUGGUGAAGUUACAUUCAUUUUAACGCAUCCAGGAAGCGAUUCACUCCGGACAACGGGGCACAGCAGGGUACUUUUUUGAAUACACGCGACUGGUGUAGCUCGAGGUGCCUCUUCCUGGACGUUGGCGGAAGGAAACGACUACAACAGAAAACUACGAUUUAAAAUGCUUUGAAGCAAGGCGGUCGUCAUCGACUGACUUGCACGUGGCAAAAAACAUCAAAGGUGAUCGCAUGAUUCUUCAAGCAAAUAGCACCAUUUAUAUUGCCUGCUGAAAAUGCAGUGAAUCCUCGUCCGACCGGAACAAUGAAGAAGCGAGCUAAAUUAACAAUGUCCUCACUGGCGCUCACCCUGAUCUGCUGCUGUACCUGUAUGUUGGCUCUGGCGAACGGUCUGCCAAUCACGUCGAAGCCUCUGGAUAACAGUCCGGACCAUUUGACGUGGGACGUUGGCAUAGGGGGCAAAGCGAAGAAAAAAUCCGACCGAUCUAUUUUCAUCGCACCGCAGGUAGUUUUUAACAACUCGUUCUGUCCACCCAACAGCAAACUGGGUUACGACGGAAAAUGCAUUCAAGUGGUGCAAAUCAACCCGGCAGAUAUUCUAGUGACCAAACUGCAAAGUAUACUGGGUAACGGCGGUGGAUCACCGAAUACCGAUGUGGACACCGAUUACGACUAUUACGAUUCAUCGGGACCGUUCCAAGUAAAUCUGCCUCUGAGUAUUGAUUUGCCUGUCGAACAACCUGGGCAGCAGCUUAUUCCGGAAGAAACGUUCUAUGACGGGUCUGUGGUAGAAGUGUCUUCAAACAUUCGAGCGGACAGCUUGAAGCAGACUUCCACUGUAAAGUCUGUUCCACAUUCUACAUUUCUUACCGAGUCUAGCCGAGACCCGAUGGAUCAAACCGCGGCAGAGAGUCACACCGACAUUUCAUUUCUUGCUUUUGAAAGCUUACCAAACGGAACACUUUCGAGCCGGGUCGAGAUGGACAGCAAAAAUGGAACAUUUGUUCAGAAGAUUGUACUUUCCUCUACUCCUGCUGUUCCAACUAUCACAACAGUCGAUUCUACUAAUGCUGAAACUGAUGAGUUAUCUAGCACAAGCACUGUUGCAACUAGCUUUCCUGAUAUCACCUCUACCAUCAGUAGUACUACGGUAGAAGAUUUCAGCAGCUCCACGACAGAUAAUCCCACGGCUACAUCCGUAACGACUACUAUGGCCCCUACAGAACAGUAUUUAACAAGUGAAAGAUCCAUUGCUACAACCACCCAAGUAAGUUCCAAUGAUUCGCCCGAUGAGGACAUUGAGAGUUUUAAAACAGAGCUCGCUGAAGAAUCUUUCAUGCUGGAGCCAUCAGCGUCUACAACUACUGAUUUCCCGUCAACUGAUAUGUCUGAUUUUGAAUCUGAUCUAGCCACACUUAGCACUGGAUCUACUACUUCAGUAGAUCGAACUACAACCGACAGGUCGGAAGUCACGACGGAGCAAAUAACUACGACAAAAAUGUCCACAUACGCCUUUCCACUCUUCUCCACGAGGAGAACGUACUCGCCUUCGAAGCCUGUUCAAAUUGUAACGCCGGUGAAGACAAUAUGGUACAGUCCUCCCGGUGUAACCCCUCCAUCAUUUAUAGUGGCCAGUUAUACACAGCAAGAGCGCACUACUAGGGCUACACCAGAGACUACAACAGUUUCACUGAAACCCUCAACUGACGCUCCGCUUGUCAUCAUCAACGAUACCGAAAACGACAAGAAAAAUCGAGACAAUAUCCAUCGUCUGGAACUGAAAGAUACUCUACGUGAGGCCAUGGAUGCAAACAAUCGGUUCGUCUAUCAUCACUUACCAGCGUCGCAUGCCCCAUCAACAACUCCGCCAACUUCAACAACUGCUCAAAGUCACAACUAUGUCGAUCAACUGAAAAUGAUCAACGAUAUUGUUGCUGAGAACAAGCAACGGCAUCAGCAAACAUCCAGCAGCAAUUCGAGAAUUCGCUUCCCCUCCCGUGAUGAAGAUCAAAUGACCUCGGCUUCUAGCAGCAACGGCGUAGUUCGUUUCCCCGGUUCAGUCUCCAAUCGGGUCACUCAACAUGCCAACCGAAUUCCCGAUAUUUUUCCAAAGAAAACACCAGACAGUACAACUCAGCGACCGCCGUUCUGGUGGCUUCCCUCCGGCUGGGAGGUAGAUCAGACCGGUCAAAAACCAAUGUUGUUACGGUUCUGGUCACGGAUGCCACUCGUUCGAGACCAAUCCCUGACUACCACAAGCGUCAGCUCCAACAAUAACUCCAACAGGUGGCGACCUUCGUCGGGCAGCACCGCUCCUUCGUCUGUGUCGCCCAGGGGCAACUCCAAGAGCCCUAGCGAAAACUUUUACAAGGAGGUAUCAUCGCAGGACGUCUACAAAGUGCUGAAUGCCCACCAGUUGAACCACAAAAGAUAAAGUCACCAGCGAUAGUCUCGGUCUCUCUUUCUCUCAGCUUUAAGUAUUAUUUAAUUGAAACGAAAAUGUGUAUAGACGAAAAACAAAACUAGAGGUACAACGAUCAUGAUCCCCACCAUACCCCCUAAGGAAACAUGCACGCUCACACGCCAGGGAAAUGUGAGGAAUGCCAACUUCACCAUUUUUAAAAACGAGUAUUUUAUGUUAAUUUCAUGACAAAUUGCGUUGCAACUGUGAUAUUUUACCCCUUUUUGUAAACCCUUCGAAAGAAGUAUUUUUUGCUUUUAAAAGUACCCUCUUUUGACACAAAAACCAAAACGCCAUUUACUCAUUCUUUUGCUCUGAUUUUGUUUUAUCACGUAACUGAUAAAAUAUAGAAAUCGCAUGCUUUUGUCGGUGAAUCCUCACAUUUCAGCAGGUUAAACCAUUUCAAUUAGGAGGCACAUAUUAUGCUUGCUUAUUGUAGUUAAAGUGUUUUGCCCUAUAUUGUACAUAUCCACUAUCCGUUUCUUCCAGUUUUAAUGUGUUGUAAAGUCUCGCCAAUAAAAGUUUUAUCUGAAAGAAUCUGUUAACAAAAAUGUCUAAAUAAUCUAUUGUAACGAAAAUAUUCAUGCUAUACCGCAGACUAGGAAACAACAUGUUAUUGAAAAAAUAUUCUUCCACAGGGUUUUAGAAUGUAGUCUUACCUUUAAGAAAAGUCUAAGAUUAAAAUGUUCUACAUAUCGGUAAAAUCUGGAUUAAAUCGUGUUUUAGGAUUUAUCUGUUUGAAUAUCUAAGUUUUUCCUCAAAAUUUGGUCCUGAAUUUGGUACAAAAUCUGAUUAUUUCUUCCAGUGUUCUUCAAUAGAAUAUUUUGAACCAAGGUAUUUCUAAAAGGUUAGAUUAAAUACUUAAACCCGCUGAAAGAAAAUAUUAAUUUGAUAAUAUAUUGGAUCCUGGUUUGCGUGACCGUAUUGUACUAAGAAAAUCAAAUCAAAAACGUGAACAGCGUGAAGAAAAAUACCUACAUGUAUGUAUGUGCCAAAAAGUGAAGAUUCGAUGUUUUAUGAAGCGCAAGUAAAAAUCAUCACCGUUAUUUAAAUAAGAUUGCGUGUUUGCAUGUUUUUAUCAUAUAAAAAUAAUGCAAAAGCUAUCCAAGACAAAUCCGUUUCACACACAAUUCUACUUGAUAAACGAUUGGAUACGCUACCUGUACAUAUACUUAAGGAAAGCGAAUCUCCUGCGAGUAGAUCUACUAACUGGCAUUAGUAUUCACAGGAUUAUGGAUGUUUUAGUGUGUAUAUUGUUAAUCAGCGAACACAAAUAAAACAACAAAUAUUUAAUUUAACUAUAGGUAAGUGUUUAGAAAGUAUCCCUGGAGCACAAAUGUUCACUGUAAUCGAUAAAAUGUCAGCACACAUGGUGCCAAAGUGGAUCAGCAUAAGAAGCAAACAAAACAAAAUAUUUGCAAUAUUGCCAAAAGUUUCACUAUGUAUAAAUAACAUAAACUAUAAUCGUAACAAUUGAAGUGUACACGCAUGUGACUAGCAAGUAGACAAACCAGUCCUCGACGCACAAUGAUGCAAACUUUCAACACACACAAAAACACGUAUUGAAAUAAAAAUGUCGAACAAAGAAGGAAUAUACAGAAAAUACACUAACGAUCGGUGGCUGCCUGCCAGUUUCUACGUUGAUCGGAAAACUAUUUGAUGAAAUGAAA